AUUUCAAUAACAACAUAAUGACAUCAUAGAAUGCUUAUGGUUUUGUAGACUGUAGAGCCUUCAAACAAGUGACAUUACAUCUAAAUUCUAAUAACAUAUUAGAUUAUAUGCUGUGAUUAUGAAUAGUUUUAAGUAUUUAACAGAUGAUAUUUCAACUGGUAAGAAAACUGCACACAAAUCCUGUUUGCAGAGCUGCAGAAUCUUCUCUACUGGCUAAGCUUCGAAAGAAGACAGGCUACACUAUUGCAAAUUGCAAGAAAGCCCUUGAGAUGCACAAUAAUGACUCUGAAAAGGCUGAAGCUUGGCUGAACGAACAAGCGCAAGCUAUGGGCUGGGCAAAAGCUACAAAGUUGGCUGGAAGGAAAGCUUUGCAAGGUCUUAUUGCAGUCAAAUUUGAUAAAGGACAUGGUACAUUGGUAGAAUUAAAUUGCGAGACAGACUUUGUUGCGAAAAAUGAUAAGUUUGCUAAAAUGCUAGAAGAUGCAACACUUGCAUGCUAUAAACUAUCACACAAGAAUUUGAAUGCUUCUGGACCUGUAACAAAGAUGGAACUGGAUAGUGAACAGUUAGGAAAUCUAUCUGCAGAGAAUGGUAAGAAAUUAUCUGAAAUUUUGGCGCUAUUUAUCAGUUCCGUGGGAGAAAAUGCUGUUCUUCGACGGGCAGAAUGUUGGAAAGCCAACAGCAAAGAUGUUAAAAUCGCGGCGUACACUCAUCCGGCCACGGCGGCGGUGUCUGACUAUUCUAGUGGAAAAUAUGGCGCCCUUCUGGCAUACAGACAGUCUAAUGAAAUGGAGGACAUCGGCAAACAGAUCUGCCAACAUAUUGUUGGUUGUGCGCCACUGAAGAUCGGAGACAAGGAUAAAGAUAAGCCGGCUUCCAAUACAGAUGAUGAGACGUGUCUGAUUUUCCAAGAAUAUUUGCUAGAUCCCUCUUAUACUGUUGGUGAAGUAAUGGAGCAAAACAAGGUGGAAAUUGUAGAUUUCAUCAGAUUUUCAUGUGGUGAGGUUGUUGAAGCGAAUAUGCCCGGUGUGGAGAAGCAGCCUUUAGAUACAGUUCAAACACUGCAGUAGGUUUUAUGUUCGAAACACUCAUAGAGUAUUUAUUAUAUUUGUUAAUAGUUGUUAAGUUUGCAUUUACCAAUAAAGCUAUAACAAAGUA